AUGUCGUACGCCCACGUGGGGCCACCUACAGCCUUCAAUGGAACGGACGAUGUCACUGGUGGUGAUUCCACCAGUCAGAAUCUCAACCAAUGGUACCAGUCGGGCGACCAGGCCUUCGUCCUCCUCUGCGCCUGUCUCGUCCUGCUCAUGGUACCCGGCGUUGCCUUCCUCUAUUCCGGUCUUGCCCGUCGAAAAUCGGCCCUCUCCAUGCUAUGGGUCGUCAUGAUGUCCUUCUCCGUCAUCGUAUUUCAGUGGUAUUUCUGGGGGUACUCUCUCGCCUUCAGCCAGUCAUCCGGGAAUGCCUUCAUCGGCAACCUCCAACAUUUUGGCCUCAUCAACGUCUGGGCUACGCCGUCGGCCGGCUCGCCCCUUGUCCCCGCCCUCCUCUACUCCUUCUAUCAGAUGAUGUUCUGCGCCGUCACCGCUUGCCUCACAGUCGGCGCCGUUGCCGAGCGCGGCCGCGUCGUGCCCGCCAUGGUCUUCACCUUCUGCUGGGCCACUCUCGUGUACUGCCCUCUGGCCUACUGGGUUUGGAACAGCAACGGCUGGUGCUUUCGGCACGGUGUCCUCGACUACGCCGGCGGUGUGCCCGUCGAGAUCGGCUCCGGCGUCUCUGCCCUUGCUUACUCGUGGGUCCUCGGUCGCCGCAACGACAAGAUGAUGAUGAACUUUCGACCGCACAAUAUUUCUCUCAUCACCCUCGGCACCGUCUUCCUGUGGUUCGGCUGGCUCGGUUUCAACGGUGGCUCCGCCUUUGGCGCCAAUCUUCGAGCCGUCGUCGCCUGCUGGAACUCGUGCCUGACGGCCAUGUUCGCCGCCAUGACCUGGUGUCUCCUCGACUUCCGCCUGGCCAAGAAGUGGUCCAUGGUUGGAUGGUGCUCCGGUACCAUCUCCGGCCUCGUUGCCGCCACGCCCGCCUCCGGUUUUAUUGAUCCUUGGGCCAGCAUUGCCCUCGGUGUCGUCGCCGGUAUCUGCUGCAACUUUGGCACAAAGAUCAAGUUCCUCGUCCGCAUUGACGAUUCCCUCGACGUCUUCGCCGAGCACGGCAUCGGCGGCAUCGUUGGCCUCAUCUUCAACGGAUUCUUCGCCACCGGUCGUGUCAUCGGUCUCGACGGCGUGAACAGUGGCGCCAAGGGCGGCUUCCUCGACGGCAACUUCGCUGCUCUCGGCUGGCAGAUUGCCGCCAUCGCCGCCUCCUGCUCCUAUGCUUUCGUCAUGUCAGCCGUUCUCGCCAAGAUCAUCGACUUGAUCCCGGGCCUGAAGCUGCGUGCCUCCGAGGAGGCUGAGCUCCUCGGCAUGGACGACGACCAGCACGGCGAAUUCUCCUACGACUACGUCGAGGUCCGCCGAGACUUCCUCGCCUGGAGUCCCCACCGUGUUGAUCCGGCCGAGGAGGGUGACGUCAUUGAGCCACAGCACGGCAUCCAGGAGCAUGCCGGCUUGGUCCACCCGUUGAGUUCAAGUGAUAGUGGCGCCAUCGAGGAGAAGAGAUCGCCGGCGUCGUCCCUUCGUCGGGAAGGCGAGUAG